UCAUUGGAGAUCUUAAUGGCAAAAUGUUCAUGUGUUGCCUGCCAAGGUCCCGAGGCUGCAGGCGGAAGAAAGGGAGCCCUGCAGACGCUGUCCCCCGCUGGGGAUUUCAUGUCAGGACUCCCCACCGCCUCUGGCCAUUUGGUCGGAAGGACAGAAAGAAGGCAACGGAGGACAUGGAGAGGAGGCUGCUGGACACGCCCUCCGUCUCCUCGACAGAGGGGGUGACCCCACAGGGGUCCCCAGGAGCAGAUGCUGGGGAUUGUAGGGGAAGACCUCCUACACAACCCAGACCACUGUCCCAGGUGGUUGUCCACCGGUCAGUGGUCCAGGAGCCAGAGCCCACAGAGGCCAAGGCUGAGGCUGCUCCACCCUCUGAGGACCUAGAGCUGGCUCCAACUCCAUCAGCAGCUCUGGGGGGAGGGGUGGUGCCUACAGCGACUUCAGGAGCACACCAGGAGCCGGCAGGGCUCCCAGAGCCACAUCCAGAGCCCACAGCCCUGCAGGGAGAGCUCCUUGUACCAUCGCCGGACCCCGACGCCUCACCAGAGUGUUUCAUCCCCUUAGUUCCAUUGCCGGACCCUGACGCCUCAUCAGAGUGUUUCAUCCCCUCCCCCGAUGUUCUUUCUCUCUGGUUCAUAUUAACUGUUAUUUUAUCUUUUCAUGUUCUGUAUACUGUUUAUUAUUUGUUUUAAAUAAAAUUACUU